GCGAGCGUGGAGUGCGGGCGGCGAGAAGAUGGCGGCAGCGGGGGCAGCAGCGUGAGCAGCCGGGCUGUGCCGGGCUCGCCGCGACGGGCCGCCAUGGCCCUCCGCAAGCCGCAGUACAUUUUUGGAGAUUUUAGCCCAGAUGAAUUCAAUCAGUUCUUUGUGACUCCUCGUUCUUCAGUUGAGCUUCCUCCGUUCAAUGGGAUGGUCCUGACGUCGAAUGAACAGCCUGAGGGCCCAGAGUCCCUGGAGUUCCAGAGAAUCGAGUUCGGCGUCACUGAGGUCAUGGUCCACAAGGCUACUUCGCCACCAGCCCCAGGCUGCAGUGUCUCAAGUACCCUGAACCCCCGGGCCCCUGAGUUCAUUCUGAGUUGCACAAAUUCCAGAACAAGCCCCGGUGACGGAGACAGAGACACAAACUCCAGCCCUGUGGACCGCCGGGACCCCGACCCUGAUGCAGCCCUGGACAGCACCUGCCCUGGAGAGAACGAAAGCGGGCUGGACCCGAGGGAGCAGAGGAAGAAGCAGCCCCCUGGCUACUACAGCUACUUGAAGGAUGGGGCUGAGGGUGCUGCCCUACCAGAAGCACUAGUCAACGGUCACACUGGCCAUGCCAGUCCUACCACCCCAGAUGGCCUUGGCCCCGAUGUUGCUGAGUCAGCGGCAGACUUGACCCCGUCACCAGCCUCCAGGACUUGUAAUAGCCCUCAGGACUCUUCAGACUUGGGCAGCAAUGCCCAGGGAUCAGGUGGCUCUUUGCCUGGAGCCCUGGAGGGCAGGACUGCAAGGCGGCCCGAGGCCUGUCCCGGGAUCGCCCUGGAACCCUCCUGCCCCUCCUCAGAAGCUGAGGCCAGUGGCCCAGCUGGGGCUCAGACUGCUGAGAGCCUGGCACUUGCCAAUGGACGAAUACUUGAAUCCCCCAGCAUGGGCCUGGCAGCCAAUGGCUUGGACCCCCACCCUGUGGGGGCCAUGGACGCGGAGCCCGCCAGUGCCUCCUCUGCCGUUGACUUGCUCGGCCCUGUAGCGGGCUCCGUGCCCGGUGGCCCCCCUAAGUCGUGGGCUAGUCUCUUCCACAGCGCCAAGUCCCCCUCUACUGCCCUACCCGGAGCCUCUGUGGACACCCCAUGCUCCCUUCCUGCCACACCUUCUGUGGUCUCUGAGAAGCCAGUGGAGGUCAAGGAAGGGCUGGUUCCUGUCUCCGAGGACCCUGUAGCCCUAGAGAUGGCAGAGCUGCUGGAGUGCGUGAAUCUGGUGCACAAGCCUGUGUCACUGCAGCCGCGUGGCCUCAUCAACAGAGGGAACUGGUGCUACAUCAACGCCACGCUACAGGCCCUGGUCGCCUGCCCUCCCAUGUACCACUUGAUGAAGUCCAUCCCGCUCUACUCCAAAGUCCAGCGGCCCUGCACAUCCACGCCCAUGAUCGACAGCUUCGUCCGGCUGAUGAAUGAGUUCACGAAUAUGCCGGUACCCCCGAAACCCAGGCAGGUUCUCGGGGACAGGGUCAUGAGGGAAAUCCGCCCUGGAGCCGCCUUCGAGCCUACCUACAUCUACCGCCUCCUCACCCUCAUUGAGUCCAGCCUGUCGGAAAAGGGUCGGCAGGAAGAUGCUGAGGAAUACCUGGGCUUCAUCCUCAACGGGCUUCACGAGGAGAUGCUGGCACUGAAGGGGCUGCUUACUCCCGACAGCCAAAAACUCCCUGUUUCCAACGGACCCAUGAGUCAAGCGGUGAACAGAGAGGAGUUGGAGGAGCCGGGCGAGGGCAGUGAGGACGAAUGGGAGCAAGUGGGGCCCCGAAACAAGACGGCGGUCACCCGGCAGGCGCACUUCGUGCAGACCCCCAUCACCGGCAUUUUCGGGGGCCAUAUCAGGUCAGUAGUUUACCAGCAGAGCUCCAAGGACUCAGCCACUCUGCAGCCCUUCUUCACCCUGCAGCUGGACAUCCAGUCCGACAAGAUCCACACAGUGCAGGACGCACUGGAAAGUCUGGUGGCGAGGGAGUCUGUCCAGGGCUACACCACCAAGAGCAAGCAGGAGGUGGAGGUGAGCCGCAGGGUGACUCUUGAGAAGUUGCCCCCAGUCCUGGUGCUGCACCUGAAGCGCUUCGUGUAUGAGAAGACAGGAGGCUGUCAGAAGCUCGUGAAGAAUAUUGACUACCCCGUGGACCUGGAGAUCAGCAGGGAACUGCUGUCUCCAGGGGUCAAAAAUAAGAACCUCAAAAGCCACCGGACCUACCGGUUGUUUGCAGUGGUCUACCACCAUGGCAGCAGCGCCACCGGCGGCCACUACACCACCGACGUCUUCCAGAUUGGCCUCAGCGGCUGGCUCCGCAUCGAUGACCAGACAGUGCGGGUGGUGAGCCAGUGCCAGGUGGUGAAGGCAGCCGCAGGCCGCACCGCCUACCUCCUCUACUACCGCCGUGUGGACCUCCUCUAGGCAUUGCGCAGCCACCACAACUUGGCAGCAAAUCACUUGAUUGAAGCAGACCCGAAGCACCAUUUCCAAAAAUGAUGCUGAUUUCCGAGUGCGACGGGGACUCGCAGCGGCACCAGGCUCACUGCUCAAAGGAGAAUCCAGCACCAGCAACACUUGUAAAUUUGUGAAAAAUGAAUUUUAUCUUUCCUGGAGAAUAAUUUUUUUUAAUCCA